AUUCGAAAAGAAAAGCCAAAUUUACUAGGGUUUGCGGUUUGCCGUUGGUCAUCCUCUCUCCUCUUCUCCUUGAGCCCCCAAAUACCCGUUUUUCCGGAUCUCUUUCCCCCUUCUUUCUCUCUCUUUGGCCGUGAGAUUAUCUCUGUGGAGCCCUCUAUAGGCUUUUAUAGAACGUUAGGAUUGGUGCAGAAGCCACGGCGGGAGAUAAGGAAGAAGAGUAACUCUGUCUCUGUGGGAUUUUUCUCGUGAGCCCUCUAUAAUCUAUGCUAUAGAACGCGUACGGAAGACCCAAAAGUCGAACAAGACUCCAGUAUUUCCGAUGCCAGAGCCUGAGCACUUUACCGACUAUGGUUUCGAUCCCCAAAUGGACUACUUACAGGUUCUGGAGGAAGCUCGAAAGCACAAGCGGGAGACAUCCAGAUCUGUGGAUGCUCUACACUACAAGUUACAGAAACCCAUAUAUAAAGAAGACUCGAAGAAGAGUAAGAAGAAGAAGAAGUGGUGGUCAAACGCUCUCCUCUUCUGGAGAUGGAAGUGGGCUCAUGGAGACAGACCCAAUGGCGAAGAGUAUGGUAGUUUCAACAAAAGGAACCGAGUUUGCAGGGGAUCAAUAUCUGGGCCAGUUUACAUAACUGAGAGCAGAAGUGGGUCGACAACGCCGUACAGGACGACUAGUAGGCCGGUAUCGGGGCCGGUCGCUGGGACAUUUACACCGACGGCGAAAGGGGAGAUAGAGAUACCUUAUCUCUGUCUCAGAGACCUUAACAUGGACAUGGAGCCACAGAAACAUCAUCGAAUCUCAACAUCUGCUGUGCCCAUCUACUUGGUUACUUAGAAUUUUUAGCUCCUCUUUUUUCUUUCAACAAAAAUUAGUCCUUUUUAGAAACUUUAUUGGCUACUUUUUGGCUUUUUCGGUGUUGGAUUGGAUAACCCUUUUCUUCUUUCCCAAGAACAAACAGUGUUCCCCCUGUUUUUAGUUUUCUUGUGCAAAGAAACAUUAGAUUGAUUUUGAUUUUUGACCUCGAAUGAAAGGGUUCUCGCCUUUUUUUCGGUGCUUUCUUCAA